CGGGUAGCACGAUGAAACUUGCGCCAUCUUGCUGACAAAUCGGCGAUUUAUUCCCGGAUUUGUGCACUUUGUCUGUAUAACUGCAAAGACGAUAAUCAAUGGUAACCACUGGAAAAAUCAGGCGUGUUUUUUGACGAUCUCGUCGUUCCAAUAUGAGCAUAGAAACGUUGUUGGAAGCAGCCGAGUUUUUGGAGUGGCGCGCCCAAGCACGUGAUGACGGGGAAAGGCAACUUGUCCCCAAGCUCGUGGAAUUGUCAAGUCCACUACCCCGCAGUUUACAUCAUGAUAUCGCCCAGUCAACAACAGUACCGGUGAUCGAACUGUUCAUCGACGACGAUGCCCGGGAAAAACGGCGAUCCGGCGGAGCUGGGACGCGAGAAGUUCACAAUAAACUCGAGAAAAAUAGGCGAGCUCAUUUAAAAGAGUGCUUUGAUGUCUUGAAAAAACACAUCCCAAAUAUGGAAGACAAGAAAACUUCUAAUUUAUGUAUUUUAAGAAGUGCUUUGCGUUAUAUCCAGAUUCUAAAGAAAAAAGAAAGAGAAUACGAACACAACAUGGAUUAUCUUGCACGGCAAAAAGUUGCACUUCAGCAAAAACUCAGUCGACUCAAAGGGGAAAAUUCAAACAUGUCUACUCCAUUAGGACACGAGUAUAUGACAGCUACAUCGUGGAAAAUGGGAUUAGCGUCAGAAUAUGAUGACGACCAGGCAUCAACGUCAACAGCAUCAGAAGGCGAAGAUGAAGCUCAAAGUUGGUCUCCACCAAGAAGCCGGAAUAAUUUCAAUUUACCUUAUACAGCAAUGUCAAAAAGUCCAAACAUCGGCAUUACUCGAACGAUUACGAAUGGUUAUACUGAUAAACCAACUACAGUUGCCACAACCCAGUCCGCAUUGCCGCGGUCUGUGUUUGUUCCUAUUCCCCCAAAACUGACUCCUCAUCCAAAACCACCGUCACCAGCUGUUACACAUGUCAAACCAUCAUCUUAUCCAUCUUCUUUUAAAAUGCAACAUCUACCGUAUACUAAUGUACGUAUACCAAAGUCGCCAUCACCGCAUGUUACUGCACCUUCGAGUCAACCAGUUUCUAUCCAAGUCAAACCCGUUGUUACGCUAGCAGCAACCCAGCCUUUAGUAUCCCAGAUUAUGUCUCAGUCUCUAAUUACAUCGACACGCACAUUCCAUCAACUGUUAUCAGGAAGACCGAUGCUUGGACAAUCGCCGAUUGCAUUCAAUCCGCUUUCUGUCAAUCCCUCUGUAGUGAAUAACACAGCUACGUUUUCUCAAACUCCAUUGAUCACACACCAAGCAAUUUUGCCGAUCAUCUCGAGCACAUCUGUUGCGGGGAAAUCGGCCGUGCAGCCGAUUUACAGUCAGCCGAUGGUAACCCAUUCCAUGCUGACUCAACCUUCAGGAAAUACUAGGUUUACACCGCAAACAACGAGCCAAUCAGUGAGUAACAAUAUGAUUCAACAACCAGUCAGUCAGGCUUCAAUCAAACACACGUCUACUGUAAAAGCUGUAUCUGUAACAGACUCGCUUAAAACGAUCGCUGUAAACAAUUGACUCUAGCAUACCUCAGAUUGCCCCCCCCCCCUCUUCACCAAUAUACUCAGUGUAGUAUAACCCAGCGUAGUUUGAUUAGUAGGUGUAAAGUUGCAGAUUGAAGCAAGCACAACUACUUAUUUUGAUACUCGUUUGUUUAGCUUCUAUCCUAAUCACGGUUAUAUGCAAUGAAACUCUUUAACUUUUUGUCGAAAAAUCUAUACGAUCCAUGUGAAUUUAAAAAAUCCGAAUGAAGGAUACUUCUGGACAGUAUCUUUUCUUUUUGUCACUAAGUUCGAAAAUGAGUAAAAUAAAUAAACUCAUUUCAGUAGGGAGAACUCUAUUCAGACGGUCUUGGCCAACCUUCCCAUUUAUUAUUGAAAAAAAAUCGUAUCGUAUUUUGUGUAUAAGUGAUGCUCCAUCUAGAAUUGUUCACUAAACCUGCAGAUCACAGACAAUUUGUUAUUUAUUGACUCAAAUUUUAACAAAACAAACCUGUUAAGGGGUUAGCAUACGUUUAGUGUGUUUUUUUUUUCAAUAUUUUUUUUAAUUUUAAAUUAUUGAUGGUUAUGGACAGUAUCUAUGACUGUGCUUUUAUUCUAAACAAAAACUCCAUUUUAUAACGCUGAUUUCGACGUUUUUUCUAUUUCAAAACAUUGCCAUGUGUGAUUGUUUUUAAACACAAGCACAACACUCACAUGAAAGUAAUCCUAAUUGACACUUGAUGAAAGAUCUGAUUUGCAUAUCAAUACUACAAAGUUUACGUAAUUACGGUACUCAUUUCGCCCAGCCUUCCACUUUUACACUCACAGCUUAUUGCUUGACUUCCGACCGCGCGGUCUUGUUCGACCGGAAACCGACAGCAUUUUAAUCGCUCUUUUUUCGCUCGCUCGCUCAUUGAAAACAUUGACUGCUCGCCAAAACACUGAUCACACAUGAGUAGUUGAAAUGGUGGUUUUUCAAAUCUAAUAGUUGCAUGACAACCAAUCGUCAAAGCAACUUAACUGGGACCUCUUGUUACGUGUUUUGGGUGCUUGUUCUAAAUGUAAUAUUUUAUUUUAAUGAGACAGUUACGUGAAAAGGGCAUAGGUAACUUCUUUCGACAGAGCAGAGAAACGAGGAAAAUGUUAAUGAUUAAUCCCAAAAAUAACGAUACCAAAACCACAUCGGUCCACAGGCGGUCGGUCUGGUAUAAUUUGACAUUCAAUUUUCAAAAUUAAGUCACGAUCAGUGGAUGAGCUCGAUCUAUACGUACCGUAAAAGUGUUCCCACAAAAAAAUAUUUUGACUAAAACGGCCACAUGCUCUGAAAAAAUAGAACAGAGCUUGACAUAAAUGAAUAAUUCAGAAAAAAAAAACAUGUCAAAUUUAGUUAUAGCCAUAAAUAUUUGGUGGCCAGACGAUGAACAAUUCGAAAGUCAGGAUUCACGCGGAAGUCCUUCAGGGCUGAAAAUCGUCGACCCUACUCAAGGUUACCUUAUUUCACAACUAACAAAGAAAACUGAUUCGCCGUGGACUCAGCUUAGAUUUUCUUCUUUCUGAACUGAGGUCAAAUACCCUCCGUUAGUCAAAAUAUACCAAUGUUUUUCAGUGAAAAUAAUUUUGAAGCCUGUCACAGAACAAAAAAAAAAUAUGUGAAUCGAAGCAGGAGAUUGGACGGUACGACGACCCUUCAAUUAACGUCAAAUAUGCUUUGUUACAACAUCAUUGAUUUGCUGAAAGUCACCUGAUCGAAGCAUGACCUGGGUCACAGAACCAUAUUUGUCCGUAUUAUCAACAGGAUUUCGUGAGAGAACCACACCCACAUUUUCAACCAUUUUCAGAGCGGAAGUUGCCAAUAAAUGUUGAAAAUCUCAUGCAUUCCAUGUAUUCAGAUGAAAUAAAUCUAGCGAUUGCUAAAAAUGGUUAUUAAUAUAUUCCCCGAUGCUCUUGGAAUUUUUAUUUUUUUUUAUUUCAAGGUAAUAAAUGGCGAGUUGAAGUUGUAUCGACUUCAAGGCGACUGUUUCACCGCGAACAACCAAGCUCUGUUGUAGUUUCGCGAUGUAAAAUGAAAUAUAUAUAAUACUUGUUUAAUUAUUUGGGUUUUCAGCCCACAAAUUACGGAACAUGAUCCCCAUGAAUUAUGGUCAAUGUUUUGUCUCGGCUGAUUGUGAUGAAUGCCGGACGUCGGGACCGACGCCCGUUCUAAACUCAGUAUGGAGAAACCAACUCCAUUUUCGCGUAUUCUUAUGAUCACGUGACUUGGUAUUUGCACAAUUUAAAAAAAUUGCCAUAUUUCCAAAGUUUGAAACAAGAUCAUUAUUAUGGUAUAUAACAUGUAUGGGUAAAAUGUAUGUUUCAAUCUAUAAAUUGAGGCCAAAAAAUUUGUGCUGUGAUCGGCCGAUGUUCAGUUCCCGGUGAUUUGAAACUAAUUGUUUAUUUGUAUUGAUAAAAGCACAUUUUAUUGAUUUGGGGGUGGGGGGUACGGACAGAGGGGACAAUUAUACAUGGAGAUCUACAUGAAAAUUAAAUGUUUAUAUAUAAAAAAUCUGGAAAACAAUUCUACUGCAGCUCAAAAAUAAGUAAAGACAAACACAGUAGACCUUCCCCUUAGUUUGUAAUG